AUGGCCUCCCGGCGGCCUCGGACUGUGCUCAUCUCUGGCUGUUCUUCAGGGAUUGGCCUUGAACUCGCUCUUCAGCUGGCUCAUGACCCCAGACAAUGUUACCAGGUGGUGGCCACCAUGAGGGACCUGGGGAAGAAGGAGCCAUUGGAGGCAGCUGCUGGAGAGGCUCUGGGGAAGACACUCAGCGUGGCCCAGCUGGACGUGUGCAGUGACGAGUCAGUGGCUAACUGUCUCAGCCACAUCGAGGGAGGCCGAGUGGAUGUGUUGGUGAACAACGCAGGAGUCGGCCUUGUGGGGCCCCUGGAGGAACUCAGCCUCGCUACUAUGCAGAACGUGUUCAACACCAACUUUUUUGGGGCUGUCCGUCUGGUCAAAGCUGUGCUUCCAGGCAUGAAGAGGAGGCGACAGGGACAUAUCGUGGUCGUCAGCAGUGUUAUGGGGCUCCAGGGUGUCAUGUUCAACGAUGUCUAUGCAGCCUCCAAGUUUGCCCUGGAAGGAUUCUUCGAGAGUCUCGCUAUCCAGCUGCGACAAUUCAAUAUCUUCAUCUCAAUGGUGGAGCCAGGCCCGGUCGUCACUGACUUUGAAGGAAAACUCCUGGCUCAGGUUUCCAUGACGGAGUUUCCAGACACUGACCCUGAAACCCUGGGCUACUUCCGGGACUUGUACCUCCCAGCCUCCAAGGAGCUCUUCCGCUCUGUGGGACAGAGCCCAAGGGAUGUGGCUCAGGUCAUUGCCAAGGUCAUCAGUUCCGCCAGACCCCCACUCCGCAGACAGACCAACGCUCGCUACCUCCCACUGACGGUGCUUAAGGCCAUGGACCCCUCUGGAAGCCUGUAUGUGAGAACUGCCCACAGGCUCCUUUUCCGCUGGCCUCACCUUCUCAGCCUUGGUCUUCGAUGCCUGGCCUGUGGCUGCCUCCCAACACGUGUGUGGCCUGGAUGA